GCAAUGAGAGCAGCAGAGACGGGCGGCGCUAGGACCGCGAGGCAGCAGUGACGGUGCGCGGAGGGCGGAUGCCGGCCGGAGGUGGGGAUGUGACAUUGGAGAAGAGUAGGAAGAGGAGAGGAGAGGAGAGCCGGCAGCGGCGGCGGCAGCAGAUAGAGCAGUGCAGGGCAAUGCCACAGGACGGGGACAGCUGAGAGGGACAGCAGGCGACAUCCAGAUACCGGGGCACUUCAGCUGAGAGGCGUGUCACACCAGUAUUGAUCGGCAAGGGCAUCCCGCCACCAGGCAUCUCAUGAACAUGUCAGUCCUGGCUUUGCAAGAAUACGAAUUUGAACGCCAGUUCAACGAGAAUGAAGCCAUUCAGUGGAUGCAAGAAAACUGGAAGAAAUCCUUCUUGUUCUCAGCUUUGUACGCCGCUUUCAUAUUUGGUGGCCGUCACCUGAUGAAGCAGAGGGAAAAAUUUGAGCUGCGCAAACCGCUGGUGCUGUGGUCCCUGAGCCUCGCCGUGUUCAGUAUUUUUGGUGCCGUCCGGACCGGAGGGUACAUGGUGUACAUCCUGAUGACCAAAGGGCUGAAGCAAUCGGUCUGCGACCAGAGCUUCUACAACGGACCAGUCAGUAAAUUCUGGGCGUACGCAUUCGUGCUCAGUAAGGCCCCGGAGCUCGGAGACACCAUCUUCAUUAUUCUUCGGAAACAGAAGCUCAUCUUUCUGCACUGGUACCACCACAUCACGGUGCUGCUCUACUCCUGGUACUCCUACAAGGACAUGGUGGCGGGCGGCGGCUGGUUCAUGACCAUGAACUACUUGGUGCACGCCGUCAUGUACUCUUACUACGCCUUGCGGGCUGCUGGCUUCCGCGUCUCCCGCAAGUUCGCCAUGUUCAUCACUCUGACUCAGAUCACCCAGAUGCUGGUGGGCUGUGUGGUCAACUACCUGGUCUUUUCCUGGAUGCAGCAAGGGCAGUGCCCGUCCCAUGUCCAGAACAUCAUCUGGUCCUCACUCAUGUAUCUCAGCUACUUUGUGCUCUUCUGUCAGUUCUUCUUCGAGGCCUACGUGCACAAGAGCCGAAAAGCCGCUGGCAAGGCCGAGUAGAGCCGGGACGGGAGCCGUGCCAUCACCGCGGAGGGGGACAGGGAGGGGUGGGCAGGGGUUGGGUAAUCGAACUCCAUUGUGGGAGUCCAAAGUGGCUCUGCCUGUACAGGGGAGCCGGCGAUAGACAAACACACUGAGUGAACGACGGUUCCUUCUGGACCUGAUUUAUGGUGACAAUGACAUAAAAGAGCCACACGUGGCCGAGUGGAGAGGCCAGUUUACCACUUGAGGGGAUGCAGAACUGGGACAUUUGGGGGGACGGGGGGGUGUUGGGUAGUUUAGCGUCAUUCGUCACCAGUGAACAGCUGACUCUUUGGUGGUCUGAGCAGAUGGGCGCUAAGGGGUGGCACCGCUGAACAAGUGGAAUGCCAAGCGGGCACCGGAAAGGCUAAGGAAAGACCUAAAAUCCUCAUCGUGGCCCGAGGUCUACGACAGCGUUUAUCGACGGAGACUCCACUGGUCAUCGGCCCCCUUUAAAGCUGAUGAUUACCACACUGAGGGAUGCAGCAAGUUAAGUUGAGGUUUGUACCCCGCCAGGUCAGACCACUUUGUCCAAAAUCAUGGGCCCCCCUGCAGUCAGUGGUCCAGUCGACUUGGAACUCGCGGCGUGUGGAACGACUCGUUACGGUGAAGAGCGCCCCCUGCUGGUAAUGCCCAAGGCCUACAGCCAAUGUGAAGAGCUGGCCCAGGCGUUCCUAUUUUUUGGGGACAUUCUUAACGAGAUGGUCUCUGAACUUUCCUGCCACGUUGUCAUUUUUCACACAAUCCUCGAGGGACUCCGGCGAGAUGAGUUUAUGACAGGAAGUCAAUGGCAGUUUGAACCUCCGGCUCCACCACACCUCAGCUCUUAAGGACACUGGAGUUCAGUUCGGCUGUCACCUUCCAAGCACAAAAGAAUCAAACUACUUAAACGGUGGUCCUCAAUCCCCCCCCCCACCACCAGUAGUGACCAAUGACUCCCAGCCUGGUAAGAUCUGGUAAACUGGAAACGAGUGAAGGAAUGAAAGCCCAGGAAUGGCGCCCCCUCCUGAACAGCUUAUGAAGGACCAGCGGAGCCACCGUAGAGUUUGAAGAGGCUCCUUGGUCACCUGCAGGUCACUUGGGGGACGCCGUGAUCUUCACAUUACGUAAUUCUUCAGUAUCUUCAGCUCAAAGGGUCUGAUGAGGUGGUCUUAAGCUUUAAACGUGCCGGCGGGCAGCGGCCUCCCCCUAACCAUGCACUCCUACUGCGCUUUGUGGCUUCCUGCCACUCCAGUUUUGGGAGGUGGGACGUUUAUCACAUAUCACCUAUUGUUUACAUCAAGGGUGGGCAGCCCGAGGCGGAGGGGACUUGGAUGUCAUUCCAGCAGUGCAGGGUAAUGUCACCGAAUAGACAAGAGCGCCGACUCCAGGGACCGUGUGGCAAUGUUGUGCCAAUGGCAGCCAUUUGAUGGAUGACCAGUGGAUGACUUCUUUGUGGUCUUUGUCUUUAUUCGGACGGCCCACCUCCAAGAGGAUCUAAAAGCCCCCAAGCUCACAUUGUGAAGAUGAGGAGGCUCUAGGGACACGGAGUAUGGUGUCCAGUCGGCUCCCAGCAGUGUCCCACUCCUUGAAACCCCCCAUAGGAUAGAGACAAAGCGGACCACUAAAUGGGACCCCCUUCGGUGUCCUCAGGAGACAGACUGUGACCCAGCGUGGAGGCCACCAUGGACACAGGUCACAGGUCACAUCCGGGGGCUUUGAGCGCCAUGACUGGUGAAUGGACACUUUGAGGGGCUCCUCAAGACGGCUGCCAAAUUAGACGGCUGUGAGGUGUGGCUGGAGGGACCGAGACUGGCCCGGGGUCUGGCGGUCACAUUGUUACGGACGUUCUCUUAUUCUGCACAAUUUGCCAUUUUUAAAGGUCACACUUGGCUAUUUAACGCUUUGGCCCCCAGUUUAGAUACGAAUGGGAGCCGCCAUUCGGCACAAAGAAACCUCCACGCUAACACGGAAAACUGAUCUCAUAGCGUUUAGCAGGUUUAGAAGCCCCUUACUGGCCCGAGUGUAGAGGGGCUGCACUAAUCAACAUGCAGCACGUCACCACUCACCUGCUGCCACCGUCCUUAGGUCACGUCUGGAAAAUCUCAGAGCAUAAAGUGCAGGGAAAUAAUGAGGGCAGGGUGGGGUUUAAAUGACUGAGUGGCGCUCUGGUGGGUGGGGCUAAAAGACAGAGUGGUGGUCUGGUGGGUGGGGCUGAAUGACAGAGUGGCGGUCUGGUGGGUGGGGCUGAAUGACAGAGUGGCAGCCUGGUGGGUGGGGCUGAAUGACAGAGUGGCGGUCUGGUGGGUGAGGCUAGAUGACUGAGUGGCAGCUGGGUAGGCAGGACUGUGUCUUUAAAUACCAGUUCUGUGGGCGUGGCAAGUGCUUGAGUGGCAGCCAGUUAGGUGUGGGUAGAUGGGGUAUGUGGGGUCCUAAUCGUCAUGUGUGGAGAUGCCAGUGAUAGAGAAGUAAGGUGCUCUGUUAUACAUUUAUGGGGCUCUCGCUGUUCCACACACAAAGACGGUGCACAAGCUGAUGGUCAUGUAGCACAUUGCAACUCGGCGGUGUUAUGAUUAGUAAUAAAACGAUAUGAAAGGCACUAUAUAACAGAUAGACAGAUGUGAAAGGUGCAGUGGAAAAACUUCAUAGGGUCCUUAUUGCAUCUGCAGACUGUGAGGAAAUUCUUACUUGCAUUUGCCAUUCGCUGUGCCACCCCUUGCCACUCUUCAUCCCUAUGAUAAGUGACAGAUGCUGCAAAAGGCGCUAUAUAAUAAGUUUAUAGAGUGUGUGAAAACACUGGAGUGUCCAGAGAAAUUCUUAGUUGCAUAUCAAAGUCCAUUGGGAGUCCCUUAGACGGAGCCCCUCGGUGUUCAUAGUGGGCAGUUUGUACUACUGGGGUCCCCCCUCUGUGUUAAGUAACGUAAAAGGCACCCUUCUGAGUAAAUUGCGCCCCUCAAGUGACAAUGUGCAGACAGUAUUAUCAGACUUCGAUAACCAAGGGGAUUGGUACCCCCUCGGUGUUUGUAUAGUGUACCCUUGAGUUACCUAAACGGUGCCCCUCUGUGUACAAACCUUAAGAAGGGCGUCACUUUAACUUCGCGAAUGACUGCAUAUGUCACCAAUGUCACUGCAUGUGCUAAUCAACACGGAAGAUGUAGUGCGGUGUAGGGGUUAUGGCUUGGACUUGAGAUUGAAGAUUCAAAUCCCACUGCUGACACCAAUGUGUGCCCUGAGCAGGUCACUUCACCUGCCUGAGCUCCACUUGGAAAACAAAAGAAAUGCAAGCAAGUGCAUCUGAAUACAAGCACAGUACGAGCAAAACGACACGUCACACGCACAGAGCAGAGUGGAGCGAAUCGGCACGUUACACAGCGCACGCAGCUCUGGGUGCUCCGAUUAGUAAUGGAGAGAGAUGAAAGGCACUAUAAAAUUAGGAGAUGGAUGGAUGGGUGUGAAAGUUACUCUUUAAUAGAUAGAUAGAUAGAUAGAAUUGGUAUUAUUGGCUGGAUUAGACAGAUGGAUAGAUAGAUGUGAAAGGCACUAUAUGAAAGCUUUGUAGGGUCCUUAUUGUCCCAAGCACAGAAUCCAAAUAUUUUUACUUACAUGUGCCAAUCACUAUGUAACACUUUGCCACUCUUUAACACCAGGAUUAGUGAGAGAGAUAAAAGGCACUAUAUAAUAAAUAGAUGUGGGAGGUCAUUAUUGUCCCAUCCACAGAGUCCUCUGAAAUUGUCACUUGCACAUUCUAAUCAACAGGUAAACUGUCAGCACUCUGCAGCAUCGUGAUUACUGAGUAGAACAAACCUGCCUGGAAACCUCAGGACACGCCUGACAGGUAAAAUACUAAGGAGGAAGAGGAGGAGGAAUAGGAAGAGCAGAACGAGGAGUUAACAGUACAGUAGGAUGGGCGGGGCUAGACGUUUGAGUGGUAGCUGGUGGGGCGGGACUAGCUGAUUGAGUGGAUGGGUGGAGUUAGAACCUUGAGUGGCAUGAGACUGGGUGGGGCUACAUUAGAUUAUGGGCUACUUAUUAUUCUACCCUGUAUGGACUAAUCAACAAGCAACACAUCACAACUGUCUGGCACUAUGAUUAGUGAUAGAUGUGAAAGGCGCUAUAUGAUAGAUAGAUAGAUAGAUAGAUAGAUAGAUAGAUAGAUAGAUAGAUAGAU